UGAGAAAGUGAUUUUGUGUAUUAGUAUAGCAGUAGUCAGUAUUUUGUUUUAUGGAAGCAGCCUACCUAGCCGGCUAGCCCCCUCCUGGCUCUACAAUCUACAUACAGAUUACAGAAUACAGAAUUUUAAAUAUUUGUUGUGUUUUGUAUUGUCUCCCCCACCUCCACUCCGGAACAUUAUUCUAUAGUAAUUCGUUUACCAUUCACCAAUCAGUCUCUUCUCUGCUCUGCUCUUAUAACCUGGAUACUUUAACCUUUUCUAUUAGACUAGAUUUGAAUCUCCACGGCAUUCUCUCUUUCUUUCUCUCUGUCUCUCUUCCCCCAAAUGUUGUAGCUACAACACUCGCAUUCCUCAAACUCUGGUCUCUCCGUCUUGAACCAAAACUAACGUGAUGGAUCACAAGUCCUUGUUACAGGAGCUUCUGAAAGAAGAGCAAGAGCCUUUCCUACUAAACAAGUACAUUUCCGAUAGGAGAACCCACAUGAAGACCACCACUACUACUCUCGUCUACAGCAAACAACGCAGCACAACUUUCCCACUCAAUCUCUGCAAGAACGCAUGCUUCUCCACCUCCACUACCACCACCACCAAAUCCCCUCUCUUGGAACUCCCAUCGCCCAAUAAUAACAAGAAGCCCAUAUUCCUUCACAUUCCUUCUCGAACCGCCGCGCUUCUUCUCGAAGCCGCUCUCAGGAUCCACAAACACAAAAAGACCAAUCACGGCUUCGGCCUAUUGGGCUCCUUCUUCAGGAGACUAAAGCAGAACCGCCGCAAGCACAAGCUCAAGGUGAGCUCCCUCAAAGAUCGAGAAAAUGUGAUUAAUAGAUCCUACGAGUUGGGGUUUCGAUGUUCAUACUAUGUUUGGUCAGAGAGCAACGAUGAUGAGUCUCUCGACAUGGAAACCUCAAGUAGCACUAGUACCAACUUUGAUGACCACCACCACCACCAUAUUAUUCACAAUGGAGGAUUCUGUGAAAGCCCAUUCCGUUUUGUUCUUCAAAAGAGCCCCUACUCCUCCUCCGGCCUCAACACGCCGGAGCUACCUUCACCUCCGCCCUCAUCACCACAAACUCCCCACACUACGCAGGACAAAGAAAGUAACGGCGGUGAGAGUGUGCAUAAAUUCCAAUCGGGGGAACUAGAAGAAGAUAAGGAACAGUGUAGUCCCGUGUCUGUUCUAGACCCACCCUUCGAGGACGAUGACGAAGCGCAUGGAAACGACGACGAGGACGAAAAUGAGGAGCAUGGUUUCGAUUUGGAGUGCAGCUAUGCCAUAAUGCAGAGAACUAAGCAGAAUCUAUUGUACAAGCUUCGUAGAUUCGAGAAACUCGCGGGGCUAGAUCCGGUAGAACUCGAGAAAAUAAUGCUGGAUCAAGAAGAGGAGGAGGAUGAAACGGUCAUGGAAGAUGAUGGAUAUGUAUACGAGGCCAGUGAAGCAUUAUCGUGUAAAGAAAAUUGCUUGAUAGAACAAGUAUUUGAAGCUCUCUUUGAGUCAUCAAGACUUCAAUUCCCAGAAGGCCUUAAGAGACUUGUAUCUGAUGUCAUUGCAGAGGAAGAGAGGGAAAUUGAGCGCUUAGAAGAUUAUAAUAAUAGGGACAUGGUGGUGAGAAAGGUGUGCAAGAGAAUGGAGCUUUGGAAACAAGUGGAGUCAAACACAAUUGACAUGAUGAUAGAAGAAGAUUUUACAAGAGAGGAAAAUGGUUGGAAGAAGAAAAAUGUGGAUCAGAUAAGGGACAUGGCUGGGGAGCUUGAACUUGCUAUCUUUGGAUUUCUAGUUGAAGAAUUCUCAGAGGAGCUAGAAUGUUAAAACCGUGGCCAAAUUUUGACGCAGCUGAGCUAAUUAAAUUGUCCAAGAUUUUACCUUAUUCUUUCUUUUCUUUUUUCACCACCUUAGAAUAGGCUUAGUUAGAUAUAAUCUAAAAAACAAGAGAAGUAAACCCAAGAAGAUAAUCUGGGUAUAUGUACAUGACUCGUGUAUGUAGCAAGUCGUCUUUCUUAAUAUUUAUAAUUUUCACACUUAA